AUGUUCCUAACGUCAUGCUUUUGCUUCUUUUUCAUACUACUUCCUGCUGAUUUCGCAGUUGGUAGUUCAAAAGACCAACUUCGACAUCUCGCUACCAACAAAGAUUUUAUUAGUAGGCUUGCAGAAGGUGAAUUUGAAGUGGUCCAUCCAUUCCAAAUCCGAGAUAAAAACGACCGUAUCGGCAUUGAUACUAAGAAUCACUAUUUAAAUGGGAGUGUUCAUUACAAGCAGGUUACAAUUGUUAUUCGUAGUACUGUUGUGAGUCGUUUAAAACUUCUGUUGGGUCUUAAUGAGUUAUUAUUCGUUAAUGGAACCGAUUUUCGGAAAUAUGAUAAUGAUAAAAAUAUCCCAAUCAGUAGGCGAGUUGAAAAUUGCUACUAUCAGGGCACUAUAAACGGUGAAGAAGCAUCAUUUGUGGCAUUGUCAACGUGUAAUGGUUUGCGCGGUAUAAUUGCUUUCGAUAACGGUUCAGCCUAUGGCAUAUGGCCGUUAGAUGGUGGUGAUCGAGGCCGCCGUCAUCCGCAUGUCUUGUAUCGUGCAAAGUGGUCUCAAUCUGCUUCAUGUGGUAAUCAAAUUGGAGAGAUUGUGAAGCAGUUUCAAAAGUUUCCGAAACGUGACGUCACGAAACAAACAAAGUUCGUCGAAUUAGCUGUGAUUAACGAUUACUCUUUUAUGAAAAAACACGAUUUUCACGAAGAAGAAGCCAUUGGAUUCAUUUUAGAAGCUAUCAAUAUUGCUGACUAUAUGUUUUCACGUGAUUUAAAUAUUCGAUUGAGUGUUGUUUAUUUGGAAGAGUGGAUGGAUAAAUCACGGAUUGAUUAUCAUGAAGAUAUCGAGAGGACGUUAAGCAAUGCUGUGGAAUAUGUUACUAGUCAAAUUUAUCACAUUGUCAAAGAUUCUUCCCUGAUAUUUACAUCAUCAAAGUUUGUCAAAGACGAAGUGAUGAGCAGCACUUCUGGAAGCAUUUGUUCACCGCGUGCAACUGGUUUGGUUACGGCUGUGGAUAUGUACACAGCACAUGAUACGGGUCAGUUAAUUGCUCAUAAUCUGGCUCACAUCAUGGGGAUGGAUCAUGAUUCUUCAGAUUGCACAUGCGAUUUAAUCAACAAUUGCAUUAUGCAUAAACAAGCAGGGAAUAUUGGGUCACCAUUCUUAUGGCAAUUCUCAAAAUGCAGUAUAGCGAGAAUGCAUAGCGUGUUACAAUCCGGACAUUUGCAGUGCUUGCUAAAUAAACCAUUGCAAGCAUCAACACUGCAACAAUGUGGUAACGGUAUUAUUGAUGGUGAAGAGGAAUGUGACUGUGGACUGCGGGAGCAGUGCCUCGACCCAUGUUGUGAUCCAUUAACAUGUACUCUUCGAAUUCAUGCUCACUGUGCGUCUCAUCAAGCAUGUUGCCAUCGUUGCCAAUUACGACCGACAGGACAUGUAUGUAGACCGGCGAGAUCUGUAUGCGAUGUUGCGGAAGUGUGCACCGGAGAUGAUGGUGAUUGUCCGGAUGAUGGGUUCCUAAUUGAUGGCACCAUAUGUGGCAUUAGCGGACAAUGUUGGAAGGGAAACUGUUCAGAUAUUGAACAGCAAUGUCGCGAUCUUUGGGGUUCCGAUGCAUCAACGGCGGACGAACACUGUUAUGAACGUAAUGGGCUUGGUUUGGAAUAUGGGAACUGUGGCACAGAUCGAGAUGGGUUGUAUAGGAAAUGUGCAGUGGAAAAUGUACACUGUGGAACAUUGCACUGUCGAGGAGGUUUUCAAACCCCUCUGGACAUAAAGCUGAAUUCAUUUAAUCUCCAGUUCCUACAUGAAACCAAACAAAUACAGUGCAAAAUGGUUACGAAUCUCGAUGUUGGUGUGGUUAUGGACGGAAGCAGUUGUGGUUCCGGAAAAGUUUGUGUUCAAGGGAUUUGUUCACCUCUUGUUCAGAUUUCACCACCUGUGCACUGCCCAAGCAAUAAUCUUGCUUACCAGUGUUCGGGACAUGGGGACUGUACGACUACACGACGAUGUUUGUGUUAUAAUGGUUGGGUAGGUACAGCAUGUGACACCAAAACAAAUGUUACUCAUUCUACAACUGUUGUACCAUCGGAUGUUUCUCAUUUCAGUGAUAUUUUUAUUCCAUCAUUUGCAGGUGGCCAUAAGUUGAACACCACAACUCUACUUAUUAUUCUUCUUAUUGUUGGCAUAUUGCUUCUGCUGCUUUUAAUUUGCCUCUUAUUUUGCUAUCGACGACAGAGUGAAAUUGAGUUUUCUUCACCGGCAGACGAGAAGUUAAACGAAAGUCUUCCGGAAAACACGCAAAGAGCGAUAAAAUUUGGUAGUAUGCCAAGUUAUCGUGAGGAAAAAAGAAAAAGAAAAAAGGACAAACAUGUUUAUGAUGCAUUGCAAAGGAUCAACGAGGCAAGUGAUGAACGCGAUAGUGCAUCUGUGAAGUCUCGUGAAUCUGGAAGUACAGGUCAUGAAAAUAACGGCGCUUUGCCAGUGAACAGAAACUGUAUGGAAUAUGAUCCAAGAGAAGAUAUCGUUACAACAAUGCUGAACGGUACAGCAACAACCAUAUUGAAAAGAGAAGCACCUGUUAACCACAGCUAUUAUUGCGAUGGUGUACUGUAUCAUGAUACAUGUUCGGAAAUGAUGGGUUCAUCGCCAACAAUACGGUGUUCAUCUGUGGCGCUUCCAGCUCGUUGUGAACGAAACCGAAGCGGCUAUGCAACUGAUUCUGAAAUUGCAAUGGGACGCUAUGGAGCACGUUAUGUUGAAGCCGUAUCAGGUGCAAGUGUUGAAUUGAGUCCAAGCUCGUCGCAGACUUCAGUGAACAACAGAAUGACUCCAACUCCAUUGAAACUUAACAAUAUUGGAAUGUUGCUGAGACAAUUGCAACAUAAUGAUGAAGUUUCCAGCGACGCAGAGCUGAGUGCGGUAGAGGCAGAUCAUGUGGAACAUGGAGAUUUAGGUUCUAAUACAGAGUCAAGCAGAGGCUAUGAAAUUCAAGAAGCAAACACAUCACUGCCGAACGGUUUAGACCCGAACUUUUCGCGAUCGCUUCAACCCAAAGACCGGAAGAGUGGUGAUGAAAGACUGAAUAGUACUCGCAAUUGUAGCAGUACUUCAGCUUGCUUCUCAAAUGAAACAAUGUUGAGUGGGCAUAGUUCUCUGUUUCAACAAUGUCAGUCUCUUUCUGAAAUGGAAAUGAGUGAAAGAAGCGCUAGACAUGCACAUCCACACGGUCAAAGCCAACAUUCAUUGUUCAAUGACUCUUUCAGGCUGGAAGUAUGA